GGCUCCGUUUUCAUGUGUAUUCGUAUUAGAUUUUUUAUUUGUCUGCCGUCACAUUCAGGGUAAAUUGCUGACAGGCGGUUCUUUAUUAGGCACUUGACGGAGCAACUUUUUUACGGCUGAACAGCGCCUACAUGUGUUCAUAUAUUGUAUAUGAUUACUUUGGCUAGUAAAUUACAAUUUUUUAACUCUGUUUAUGUUGGUGUGUUUUAGAAAACAGAUGUAAAAUAUCGAUUUAGAAGUUCUUUCUUAGUAUGUCUGAAUUAACCACUUUUCCCUAAAUGUCAAACAAAACUAAAUGAAACUGCUAGACCGUCGAAAAGACGCUCCUGGUUCCCAUUGGCUGUGUCUGCUCAGGGGGCGGGGUUUUUGGAGACACGUGUUUUACAAAGUCUUGUCUUCGGAACCACAACUAUCUGCUUCAGUGUCGCUGGAGAGGGUUAUGGCUGGGUUCAAAGCUGCUCACGGGAAACCAGGAGACGAUAACAAACCGGACAAAAUAUUAAGAAGGCGGAGGAGAGCAAAUCUGUCGCAGCUCGGAGUUAUAACAGCGAAAGAAGAUCCAGUUUGCGCUCCAAGAUCCAACAGCCCCUGUCACUGAUGAGACUCAAAGCAAGUGUCAGAGAGGAGUGAACUACCCUCACCGACGGUGCACAGCACUGCCAGAGAAGAACAUCCUCUCCACAGGCCCAAGUCCUGCUGGCCACAUUUCCUGCCCUAGAUUGACCCCCAGAGAACUCAAAACUGUUUCUCCAACGCUUCUACCAAAAACUGAGACUGUUUUCCAAAGCAGAACUGGCCCAGCCCCCACAAUUGGAAGUGAUGGGGAGCCUGCGUAGCCACCGUUACAGCAUCGUGUCCUCAGAGGAAGAUGGCAUGAAGUUAGCAUCCAUCGCCGUUCCAAAUGGCUACGGGAAUGGCAACGUAAACAAAGGACACAUGGAGCAGCAGCGUCAGAGCCGCUUUGUCAGCAAGGACGGCCACUGCAAUGUGCAGUUUAUCAAUAUGAGCGAAAAAGGCCAGCGCUACCUGGCAGAUAUCUUCACCACCUGCGUGGACAUCCGCUGGCGCUGGAUGUUUGUCAUAUUCUGUCUGUCUUUCCUCUUGUCAUGGUUGUUUUUUGGACUUGUCUUCUGGGUCGUGGCACUGGUUUAUGGGGACUUGGAGAAUGAGACUCAAUUAUGUGUUUCCAAUGUGGACAGCUUCACUGCAGCCUUUUUGUUUUCAGUCGAGACCCAAACCACAAUUGGGUAUGGUUACCGCUAUGUGACGGAGGAAUGUCCCAUUGCUGUUUUCAUGGUGGUGUUUCAAAGCAUUGUGGGCUGCAUUAUUGAUGCUUUUAUCAUUGGUGCCGUCAUGGCCAAGAUGGCAAAGCCCAAGAAGAGGAAUGAGACUCUUGUGUUCAGCCACUAUGCUGCGGUAGCAAUGAGGGACGGUAAGCUAUGCCUGAUGUGGAGGGUUGGAAACCUGAGGAAAAGUCACUUGGUAGAGGCUCACGUCAGGGCGCAGCUCCUCAAGUCCCGCACCACAGUGGAGGGAGAGUUCAUUCCUCUGGAUCAGGUAGACAUUGACGUCGGCUUUGACAGUGGGAUCGACAGAAUCUUCCUUGUAUCUCCGAUCACCAUCGUGCAUGAGAUUGAUGAGGACAGCCCAUUCUACGAGAUGAACAAGCAGGAGCUGGAGACCUCAGAGUUUGAGAUUGUUGUGAUUCUCGAGGGUAUGGUGGAGGCCACUGCCAUGACAACUCAGUGUCGGAGCUCCUACGUGGCCGGCGAGAUCCUCUGGGGCCACCGCUUUGAGCCAGUGCUCUUUGAAGAAAAGAACUACUACAAAGUAGACUACUCAAGAUUUGACAACACCUACGAGGUGCCCAGCACUCCCACUUGUAGUGCUAGGGAGCUGGCUGAGAAGAAAUCGAAUUCUUCCAGCCUGAGGAACUCGUUUUGCUACGAGAACGAAGUGGCUCUGGAGAAAGUUGAGAUGGAGGAGGAGUUAGAGGAGGACAAUAGCAGGUUGAUGAGGGACGCUGAGGUUAGUGGUCUUGAGGAUACAAGCGCAGAUUUGGUUUCAAACUCAGAAUGCAACCUGGACUGUUUGCCUUUAGAAGCAAGACCUUUCACAGCAGAAUCAGAGAUAUAACUGCUUGAACUCUAAAUGGACUUGAACUCUAUUCUGGUUGGUGUUUUUAAUAAUUGCAUGGCAGUUUGUUAGAAACCAGGGUUUAAAAGUCUCUGUGCAGAAGCACAGUGUGCACUUAAAACCAAAUAUAAACUUCUUAUAUAAUUUAUGGAGUCACUGUUUGCAUGGGUUGUGUUAUAAAAUGGGUUACAUGUAACACACACACAGUGCAGUAUGUUCUCUUAACAGGAUAUAAAUUUGAAUAUUUUAUUAAAAAGCUAUUUUCCAUUUGAUUAAUUACAUAUUCCUUGUUUGCACAUGUGCAAAGAAACAUCCUGAACUUAAUAUUUUUUGUGGUUUUCUAAGUGUCACACAGGAUUAAAAUAAAAGUUUUGAAAAUAGUACUCAAACUUGUUUUAAAGGUUAAAAUUACCAACACAAAAAAUGGGUCUAUGAUUGUUAAUGAGCUGGUCUCUUAGCAAAAACUUUCAGUCUUCUUAAAUGUGCUGGUUUAAUGGUCAAAUAGAAAAAAAGUAUGAUUUGCACAAAUUCUGAGUACACUACUCUCCUCAGCCUAUCAUCUUGUCCAUGUGGAGAAUCUUUUGCAACGUGUGCCUUAACAAAAGUUCUGGUCUACAGGAACUCAGCUGAUUUCACUCUGAUUGAGCACACACUGCAUUAGAUCUCACAGAGCACAGACACAUGAAGAUGUGAUUUUUUUUAAAAUUUAUUUUAUUUUAUUUUUGCAGAUUGCUGCCACUUCUUGCAGGUUUUUGUGUUUUAAUGUGCAAUACUGUCAGGUGUCAGGAAGAGACAUGAGGCCCGAUCACGAGCCAAGGCGAUGAAUGUUAAAGCUAAGUGCUGCUAAGUUACAUAUUGUAUAGACAGAAAUCUCAGAGCCAAACUGUAUUAGUGUUAUUGUUUUCAAAUUGCAGAUUGCACAUUAGUGUUUUAUCUAGCUGUAGACAAGCAUGAUUAUGUGGAGUGUGUUCUUUAAAGCUUCAAUGCACUUCUUUUUCCGCAACAGAAACUUCUUCCUCCAAAGAAAAACAGAAAUGGCUUUACUAUUCAAAGUUAGGUAUGUACGUACGUGCUAUACGUUAAAUCGUUAAAUAUAAAACCUAAUGUCUUUCCUCAACUAGCAAUGGUUGAUUGAUGAAGGAUUGAUUGAACAGAUUAUUACCACAGUUUACUCUAUAUAAACAUAAUUUUUGACGUGAGAUAUGCAGAAUCCAGAUACAUUCUAGUUACACUGCUUUCCAAAUGUAUUCAUACCUUAUGAAUACCUUUUUCAUAUUUUGUCCUGUUACGGUUUUGUCCCAAAAUUCAAAGUAUUAACUGGAUUUGUAAUUUAAAGACCAACACAAGUGGUGCAUAAAUAUGAAUUAAAAUUAAAGUUUUGUUUUAGCAGAAAUAUAUGCUUUGAUUCAAAAGACAAAAAUGUAACCGAAAAACUACAUUUUAGUGUUGUCUGACUAGAGCACCUUCAUCCACAUGUGACGCUUAGAUGAAGACUCAGCAAACCCACCAAAAAGAGCUGCAGAUACUCAUUUGAGCUGUGAAAGCUGAUUCCCUCCUAUUUCACAGUUAUUAACUUCUUUGUGUUGGUUUUCAAUAUAAAGUCCAGAUGAAACACACUCAGUUCUGUGGUUUCAAGCUGUGGAAACGUUUAAGCGGUAUUAAUGCUUUUGCAAUGCAGUGUAAGUCGUCUCAGUCCUGGUGAAGUCAUGGCUGAAAAGAUGUUUGCUUUGGAUGGUUAACAAUCAUCAAUGUUAACUGAUAUUGCAGUCAUAGUUUAAAAAAAAGAACACCCUGCACGGAUCAAAUUUACUCAUUUUAGUCUUACAGAAGGUUUAGUUUUAGUCAUCAUUGUAAGAAUUAAUCUUGUGGAUGCCAGACCACUGUAGUGUUUCUGUUUUAGGUUUUUAUUUUUCUACUGUCUUCCCACUUUCCUGCAGAACCCAGACUGUACAGCUUUUUUAAAAAAAAAAAAAUCUUUUGUAAAUUAUAUUGCACUGUAUAGUGAUAAUGCAGAUAAAACUAUUUAUGUCCUUGUUUUUUCAAUAAAACACUAAAACAAAUUCA